ACGAAUUAGAGGUGAGCAUCUCCUCAAGCUGACCGGAUUCCUCUCCGGCCUAGGUACUUCUGGCCACUCUGCGCGUGCCUCCUCCAGCUUACGUUCCGCCACUUAUCACACAGUUACCAGAUGCUGACAGGGUGAAGCUAUCCGAUUUAGGACCAUCGAGCUUGCCCAGAUCCUCUCCAACUCUGCCGGCGUCAGAAACCCCCAUUUUCCAUCGAGACCACGCUCUUUCGAGCGUUUUCAUCACUCAAUAUUCCACCUCCUACCACCGCCAAACUGUCUUCCCCGAUACUCCUUCCUCGCACCGUCUCCUACGACGCGAGCUCGAAGGGUCCACGUCCGAGCGGUCCGUACAGAACAAUGAGCGAACAAAAGACGGGGAGGCGGCGGCGGUCGAGUAGUCUGCUAUACCAGGAGCCACCGGAGACAAUAGAGCAUAUGAGUGACCAGGCAGCAUUGCCAAAUUUGAAUGCAAACUGGGUGAAUGCGAAGGGGGCCUGGACAAUACAUCUAGUUCUUAUUGCGUGCCUCAAAAUCCUUUUCGACAUUAUCCCUGGUGUCUCGCAAGAAACCUCGUGGACUUUGACAAACAUUUCAUACAUGUUCGGGUCGUUUCUCAUGUUCCACUGGGUCCGCGGAGUACCUUUUGAGUUUAACGCAGGUGCUUACGACAACCUAAAUAUGUGGGAGCAAAUCGACAAUGGCGCCCAAUACACACCUGCAAAAAAGUUCCUUCUCAGUGUACCAAUUGUGCUGUUCCUUCUAAGCACUCACUAUACCCACUACGACCUAACGUAUUUCACAAUCAACUUUCUGGCUGUACUUGGAGUUGUCAUACCAAAGCUACCAUACAGUCACCGCACGAGGGUGGGUCUCUUCUCAGGAGCUCCAGAGGAUAGGUAGCAUGGAUGACUGCAUGGCGAUUGUACGAUGUUUAGGCUUAUGGGCCAUUCUAUCAUGGAAGGAUACACCCAACCAGAGACGAUGAAAGAUGUAUUUAAGACAGCAAAGAA